AUCUUUGCCUCUAGCAGGCGUUGCAGCUUCGUCUCUCCUCCCCUGCCACGGAAGCCCAGGUUACCUCUCCUAGAGCAUCUCAGCAAGAGAUAUCCCUAGGCUACACGUCCUGGAGCCUGGCCUUCCCUACGCAUGGCCUUCCAAAGCGGCAGUGUGCCAGGCAGCAAGACCAUCCUCAUUCACCUGCUGUUGUGCCUGGUCACUUUCUACACCGUCUACUACAUGAUUGGAAGCAUCUGCUCUGGAGUUUUCAGGCUGGACACAUUUGAUGGACUUAUCCCCUUUGAAUUUAACACAGAACCAUCUCACUCAAAUCCCAAAUAUCUGGUGAAUUUGCUGUCCAUGGAACUGACCUACUUCACCAGUGGCCUUCUCUUUGCUGUUCUGCUGAAGCGAUGGGUCUGGGACUACGCCAUCACUGUCACACUCCUCCACGUGGCACUGACAUCUGCAGUGAUGGAACAAUUCCCUUUGGUGUGGCACUGGUGGCUAGCACUUGGCAGUGGCCUCUUUAUCAUGAUUUUCAGUGGACAACUUGUGACCCACUUUGCUUGCCCUGACUCCAGUGAUCCCACUUUGGACAGCUACUGCCAUUCUUGAGAGAUUCAGGAUCAAGGAGGAAGUUGCAUACAGUAGCGGCACUGGCACUUUCAGGAAGCAGGACAGGAUUUUGAGAAAUGGAGAACCAGAUCAUCAUUAGGCAAGAUUUACUUUUAUGCAAGAAACAGGGAAAGAGCUUUAGUACAUUUGUUAGUAACUUC